GCUCGCGGGCCACGCCCCUUGAGCUCCGAGGGACUCGCGUGCGUUUAGUGGGGCGGAGUCUUCUUCGUGACCUUUCACCCCAGCAUGGCUGCGCCCUUGGGACCAGUGAAGUUCUGGAAACCCGGUACAGAAGGGCCAGGCGUCAGUAUCUCCGAAGAGAGACAAAGUGUCGCUGAGAACUCUGGGACAACCAUCAUUUACAAUCCCUAUGCUGCCCUUUCCAUAGAGCAGCAGCGGCAGAAGCUGCCUGUGUUCAAGCUUAGGAACCACAUUUUGUACUUGGUGGAAAACUAUCAGACCGUGGUGAUUGUUGGAGAAACAGGAUGUGGGAAGAGCACCCAGAUUCCGCAGUACCUGGCAGAAGCUGGCUGGACAGCCGAAGGGCGAGUGGUUGGAGUGACCCAGCCUCGAAGAGUGGCCGCUGUGACAGUUGCAGGGAGAGUAGCUGAUGAAAGGGGUGCAGUGCUGGGCCACGAGGUGGGCUACUGCAUCCGCUUUGAUGACUGCACCGACCCACUGGCGACAAGAAUUAAGUUCCUGACAGAUGGAAUGCUGGUCAGGGAGAUGAUGGUUGAUCCAUUGUUAACAAAAUAUAGUGUCAUCAUGCUGGAUGAAGCCCACGAGAGGACCUUAUAUACGGAUAUUGCCAUUGGCUUGCUGAAGAAGAUCCAGAAAAAGCGUGGGGAUCUUCGCUUGAUUGUUGCCUCAGCCACUCUGGAUGCAGAGAAAUUUCGGGAUUUCUUUAACCAGAAUGAAACCAAUGACCCAGCCAGGGACACCUGUGUGACCCUUACCGUGGAAGGGCGGACAUUUCCAGUGGAUAUCUUUUACCUACAAAGUCCUGUUCCAGAUUAUAUCAAAGCAACUGUGGACACUGUGGUAAAAAUUCAUCAGACAGAGGGAGAUGGAGAUAUACUAGCUUUCCUUACUGGCCAGGAAGAAGUAGAAACUGUUGUGUCUAUGCUGAUCGAGCAGGCGCGGGCGCUGGCUCGAACUGGGAUGAAGAAACACCUCCGGGUGCUCCCCAUGUAUGCAGGACUGCCUUCCUUUGAGCAGAUGAAGGUGUUUGAAAGGGUGUCACACAGCGUCAGAAAGGUGAUUGUGGCCACCAAUGUGGCAGAAACUUCCAUCACAAUCAGUGGCAUUGUGUAUGUGAUUGACUGUGGCUUUAUGAAGCUUCGAGCCUACAACCCCAAGACAGCUAUUGAAUGCUUGGUGGUGGUACCAGUGUCUCAGGCAUCUGCCAACCAGAGGGCAGGACGUGGCGGACGCAACCGCUCGGGAAAGUGUUAUCGCCUUUAUACAGAGGAUGCCUUUGACCAGUUACCGCAGUCCACUGUCCCUGAGAUGCAGCGCAGCAAUUUGGCCCCUGUGAUCCUGCAGCUAAAAGCCCUAGGGAUUGACAAUGUCCUCAGGUUCCACUUCAUGUCUCCCCCGCCAGCACAGUCGAUGGUUCAAGCCUUGGAGUUACUCUACGCUCUUGGCGGCCUGGACAAAGACUGUCGCCUAACUGAGCCGCUUGGCAUGAGAAUCGCAGAGUUCCCUUUGAACCCCAUGUUUGCCAAGAUGCUGUUGGAAUCAGGGAACUUCGGCUGUUCUCAGGAGGUUCUGAGCAUUGCUGCCAUGAUGCAGAUCCAGAAUGUCUUUGUGUUUCCCUCAAACCAGAAGGCUCAGGCAACUCGAGUGCACCGGAAAUUUGCUGUGGAGGAGGGUGAUCAUCUCACCAUGCUCAAUGUGUAUGAAGCAUUUAUCAAACACAAUAAGAGCUCCCAGUGGUGUCAGGAGCAUUUCCUGAAUUACAAGGGUCUUGUCAGAGCUGCCACUGUGAGAGAACAGUUGAAAAAGCUCCUUGUCAAGUUUCAGGUGCCCAAGAUGUCCAGCGAAGGUGAUCCGGAUCCUGUGCUGAGGUGCAUCGUGUCAGGAUUCUUCGCAAAUGCAGCACGGUUUCACUCCUCUGGGGCAUACAGGACUAUCCGUGAUGAUCACGAGCUGCACAUCCACCCUGCCUCAGUCCUGUAUGCAGAGAAGCCACCCCGCUGGGUUAUCUACAAUGAAGUUAUACAGACCUCCAAGUAUUACAUGCGAGACGUGACUGCCAUAGAAUCUGCUUGGCUGCUGGAGCUGGCUCCGCACUUCUAUCAGCAAGGAACGCACCUGUCCCUGAAAGCCAAAAGGACCAAGGUCCAGGACCAGUGAGUAGAGCUCCGCAAGUGGCUUCAGGGACGGUCUGGCACCCUUCCUUCCUCUUGUUUCCGGCACCAGCUCAGGUGGGAUUGGCAGUCACUGUGGUGUGGGCUGCACCCUGUGAUUAGCCCCCUCUUCCUGCUCCCAUCAUCAUCUGCCGUCGUCACAGGGACCCUGGAGGAGUCUGAACGUGGCCAGUGUUCCGCUGCACUGCACCUAGGCCAAGCAGAAGUGGGCUCAGCUGCACUCUGAGCUCAGUCCUCGCUCUCAGGAGCCAGCACACUGCUCCGGCAGCACAAUGGAGAAGAGUGAGCCGCUGAAGGCUGAAGCCUGUGUAGACAGGGCUCUCUGGGCUGCCUGAGUUUGCCUGCUGGGCCCGCGGCUGUUGACUGCAGAGGUCCCUGGUCUGUCAGGCACAGGACCCCAAACCAAGCAGCUUCUUCCUUUCCUCUGUCCAUGCCCCUGCUUACCUGCAGCAGGAGACUUAGUGCCAUGAUGGUGAGCCAUGCAGGAUCACAGCCCCCCGUCUUUGUUAGCCACUUCCUUUGCAAGUGGGCUUAGCUUUCUCUCAGAGCGCGAUGACACUUUCUGGUGCCAGUGUCUGAGUGCCAGGCAAAGUUCAUCAACCUUGACCCCAUGGGGCUCCUCUUUAGCAGGAGUUCACUACAGUUUAGAUCCCCUAAACUUGUGUAGCUCAGGAAUAUAACUCUUGUAUAUUUAUCUUUGUUCGUUUGCUUGCAUUCUUGCAAGAACAUGAACAGCUCCCCCGGGCACUGUUCACACCGCACGAGGGCUGCUUUGCUGCGACAGUGAUGGCACCUCAGCACACAGCAAGGCAGACUCCUCCCCUUACCGUUUCAGUGAUGUUUACUUUAAAAGCGUAGCUUAAAAGUUUAUUUUUGUACUGGUUUUAGUUUGGAUGUGCCACUUUUGGCACCAAACCUAUGUCAUUUUUAUUUCCAUUUUAUAAUGUGUAAAUAGCAGUGAUAGGUUGUUAAUCAUAAUAAAUCUUUCUACCCGAGGAAACAUGUUUCUCCCA